AAUUCCGACGCUCCUGAACGCAACAGUAGGUAGUGGGCGUGUCCUACAGCCAACAUGUCGGAUCAGGAAUUUGUAAGAAAACUUUAGGGAUUAUUUUCAGUAACCUAACGUGUUUUAUUGUGAUAUUUAGGUAAAAAUGGCAGCUAAACGAAGCGGAAAAUCGAUAGAAAAUAUUUGUAGAUCUGCAGGCCGCAGGUUUGUGGUUUUAAUCGUAUUUUUCAGCACAAACGUACCGGUUUGUGAUGGAGGACUCAGCCCGCAGAGGUGUCUCAUCUGGGGUCCAGGGCUGGAUCCCAAAGCGGUUUUACCCGUCCGGUACUUCUUCAUACAGGCGGUCGGUUCUGAAGGAGAGAAGCUGGCGGUGUCUCCAGGUAAAGAUGCGUUCAAAGUCAAGAUCACUUCCCUCGAUAAGGAGUUCAUCCGUGUCCACGUUCCCCCUCCUCUGGACCGAGGGGACGGGUCCUUUCUGGUCCGGUACCGGCUGUAUGGGUCUGCAGUCAAAGGCCUGAAGGUGGAGGUUCUGCACCAAGGUGCUGCUGUGGCCAAAUCCCCCUACAUCCUCCAAGGCCCGGUGUAUCAUGAAUACUGUGACUGCCCCGAGUCGGGUGCUUCCCUCUGGCAGAGCGUCCUGCGGUGUCCCACGGACGAACCCCAGAUUCUGUCCGACUUCAAACCCUUCCCCACCAUCGACCUGCAGCAUCUCCGACAGGAAGUCCCUCGCAGGUUUUCCAACAGAGGAGGGCUCAUUCACUACACCAUCACGGAUAAUAAGGUGUACCGACGCACGUUGGGGAAAUACACAGACUUCAAGAUGUUCUCUGACGAGAUGCUGCUGUCUCUAACCAGGAAGGUGAGAGUUCCCGACGUUGAGUUCUUCAUCAACGUGGGCGACUGGCCGCUGGAGGCGAGGAAGGAGGGCGCCGUUCCGAUCCUCUCGUGGUGCGGCUCCACGGAGACGCGGGAUAUUGUCCUCCCCACAUAUGAAGUCACACACUCCACCCUGGAGAUGAUGAGAGGCGUCACAAAUGAUCUGCUGUCCGUUCAAGGCAACACGGGGCCUCCGUGGGCUAAUAAAACCGAACGUGCGUUUUUCCGUGGACGGGACAGUCGGGAGGAGCGUCUUCAGCUGGUGUCUCUGUCCAAGGCUAACCCGGAUCUGCUGGACGCCGGCAUCACAGCGUGGUUCUUCUUCAGGGACAGAGAGAAAGACGUGGGAAAAGCUCCUCUGAUUGGGUUCUUCGACUUCUUUAAGUAUAAAUACCAGGUGAACGUGGACGGAACGGUGGCGGCGUAUCGGUUUCCGUACCUGAUGCUGGGAAACAGCCUGGUCCUGAAGCAGGACUCACAGUUCUACGAGCACUUCUACAGCCGCCUCAGAGCAGGAAGUCACUACAUCUCUGUGAAGAGAAACCUGUCGGACCUUUUGGACAAAAUCAAAUGGGCCAAAGAGAACGACGCUGAGGCCAAAGAGGUGGCCCGGAGCGGGCAGGCCGCAGCCCGGGAACUGCUGCAGCCCAGCAGGUUGUACUGUUACUACUACAGAGUUCUGCUCACGUACUCCGAGCUGCAGACGGGACGGCCGACGCGGCACGCUGACAUGGAGCAGGUGCUGCAGUCGGAUGACCACACAGCUGCAUGCACCUGUCUCAGAAACAGAACGGAUGUGAAGGAUGAACUGUGAUGAGCUGUUUUUUUAUUCCUGACAUGAGCCAGGUGAAUUUCCUGGAAUUAUCCGACAAAGGAAGUCAUGUGACCAGUUUAAAUGUGCCUUUUUAUACAUCUGUGCAGUAUCAAACACCUUAAAUCCUUUUUCACGCAGAAUUUUUGUAUAAACAUGGAACUUUAAGUGUUUAAUAAAACAUUCGGACUUAUCAGA